CACCUCGGGGCGCGGCAGCGGGGCCGGGCGCACGGCUCCUCCCGCCGGGGCGCUGCCGGGCCGGGCCGGGCCGGGGGCGGAGGAGGCAGGGAAGGGGGGAGCCGCUGCCGUCACCGAGGCUCCCGGCUCGCUCGCCUCGCCGCCGCGGCAGCCCCAGCCCCGCUCCCACCCCCUCGCCUGCCCCCACCCUCUCUCCCUUUCUCUCGCUCUCGGCGAGAGCAGUGUGCCUCCCUUCCCAGAUGGCAGCCGGCAGCGCCAUGCAGCCUCCCGUUCCUCCUCCUCCUCCUCUCCGGCUCUAAGUUAAUGCCAUGCUGCCGCUGCUCCUCCCGGCACUGCUGGCCGCCUGCCUGCCGCCCUGCCAGGGCUGGAGCCCCUCGGCGGCUGCCGGCGGGCAGGACGAGCAGGAGCAAGAGCUCUUCUUGCCGCCUGUCAACUCCUCCUCCCGCUCCCUGGCCAGCCUCGAGAUGGACCUCGACGGGGCAGCAAGCAAGGAGGACGGCAGCACCGCCAGCCCGGGCACGCCGGCUGCCCCUGGCCAGGAGCCUUUCCCUUCCGCUCCCACCUCCUCCGGGCAGCAGCAGCAGCAGCGUCCCCAGCCGCAGGGGCAGCCGCAGCCCGCCGAGGACCCGCACUGCAAUAUCAGCGUGCAGCGGCAGAUGGUGAGCUCGCUGCUGGUGCGCUGGAGCCGCCCGCUGGGCAUCCAGUGCGACCUCCUGCUCUUCUCCACCAACAGCCACGGGCGUGCCUUCUUCUCCGCCGCCUUCCACCGCGUGGGGCCGCCGCUGGUCAUCGAGCACCUGGGGCUGGCGGCCGGCGGCGCCCAGCAGGACUUGCGCCUCUGCGUGGGCUGCAGCUGGGUGCGGGGCCGCCGGGUCGGGCGCCUGCGGGGCGCCGCGCCGCAGGCCGCCGCCUCCGCGCUCUCCUACCCGCCGCCGGCGGAGCCCGGCCAGUACUGGCUGCAGGGGGAGCCGCUCAAUUUCUGCUGCCUGGAUUUCAGCCUGGAGGAGCUGAAGGGCGAGCCGGGCUGGCGGAUGAACCGCAAGCCCAUCGAGUCCACCUUGGUGGCUUGUUUCAUGACUCUGGUCAUCAUCGUGUGGAGCGUGGCCGCCCUCAUCUGGCCGGUGCCCAUCAUCGCCGGCUUCCUGCCCAACGGCAUGGAGCAGCGCCGCAGCACCGCCGCCGCCGCCGCCGCCAAGUAGCCUCUCCCGGUGGCACCCCCCGGUCCCUUCUCCUCGUCGUGCGGGGCGAGGGGCGCGGGCGGCCGCCCCCCGCCGGGCCGGGCUCUGUCGUGGUUCUUGUUCGUGUCACAGGGGCGCGGCGGGCGGGCGCGGGGGGCGCGCGGCCCCUCAGAGCCCGGCCCGCCCUGAGGGGAGCAGCUCCGCCGCGGGCCACCAGGCCUGCGUGCUCGUUUUGUACCUUUAAUACCCGUUUUAAACGAACCUUUUAGUAAAAAAGAAAAAAAAAAGGAAAAAAAGAGAAAGUCCUUCCCCCAUCAACGCAGGAAAUAGAAGACCUUCCCAUUCAACCGCAGUUGUCGUAGUCGGAGUAGCUUUUUUUGUAUAUGAAUACUGUUUGAGUGGGGUUUUUUCUUUAUUUACAGAAAGGGAAGUGUCGUUUUGGCAGGAUGGCAAACUGAAGCAGUAUAUAUAUUGUUAUUGCUGAAGCUGAACUUUAACGAAUCUUUUACACUGUAUUUCCCAGUUGAGAUAGUGUGUAUUUAUUAUUGUAGCUUGGCGUUACUUGGCUUUUAAUACAGAGGUUUUCCUUCUGGAGCCACCGUAUCCUUUUGUCGGUCUGUUUCUGCCAGGGUGGAACGGAGGGCUUGGCAGGCCUCCCCGCCUGCAAACCCACCGCCAAGCUCCUCUUUCCCCGCGGGAUGGUGUUACCAGGGCUCUUGGUAGAAAAAAGGGGAAUACCAAACCCUUUCUGAAUGGUGCUUGCCCUGUCCGUACAGCGAUUUGGGUCUAUGUACCUGCACCAAGGUUGGGUGGGAUGGGAUGGGGAACAUGUCCGUGCCAGAGAUCCUCCAAGCUGAUUUACUCCACACAGCUCCACAGACUGUGGCUUUCUCCUCUGAGGUCGGGUUGGUUUGGUCCUGGGAAGAUGAGGCCUGCUCUUUGAGACAUGUUAAAAGCAAGUCUGUUGACUUCCACUGAGUGCAUUCCUCCAAAACAGCUCGGAUGCAGUGUAUUUGUUGGAGGCAUGGUAAUACCAUACCUCUUGUUUCACUUACCAGUCCACAGGGUUGCUCCCAGAAAGCCUGUGGGGUGGAGAGAAGGCAGGAGCUGCUGGUCCAGAACUAGAUGACGGCUGCUGUUGUGCGAGCAUGCAGAGAAGAAAGAUUUGCAAGAUUUCUUCUUUCUUGUUCGAGCAAACAGUUGCAUAGCCUGAAGUAUCGCUUGUUGUAUACUUCCAGCUGUUUAACUUUGUAAGAAGUUGUUUCAUUUGCUUUAGACAUAGUUAGUCCAGCUGAAGUUUCUGAAACAAAAAUGUCAGCUAAGUGGGAAAGAUUUGCAAUUGGAAUUCUCAUUCCUUUGUGAACAUCAAUGUAUUUAAUUUGUUAGGAACACAUGAACUCACCCGGGGUGUAAUUUGGUGUUAUUUGUAAUGUUGUUUUCUUCCCUAUGGUUUGGUGGAAAUGACUGGAUGAAAAGUCUGGAAGGAUUAAAUUCUUAGGAUUCCUAUUUUUUUAAAUGGAGAACAAAAUAAAAUAAAUGCGUGCUCUGUGUGUGUGCUAACUGGGAAAAAAAAUGCAGAGGGGAAAAGAUUGAAAAAUGGCAGAAAUAAAUCAAGAUUUUAAAAUGUUCCAUGUUACUGGGCUACCUCUACACCCACUGUUUCGUCUGUUGAUCUUAAUGGGCAUGUCACUUGGGUAAACACUGCAGUAGUGUUAGUUUUCAGAGUAGGGGAUCCAGUCACUGUGAGAAAUGUUCAUUUGACCUGUUGAUCCAAAGGGCACCUUCCCCUGUACGCUUAGUUUACAAAGUCCAACUUUUCUUUCCUUGAUGUGAAAAACAUGGUGUCAUGU